AUGGGUGACUUUGACUCGGUGUGUGCCAACGACUUCGAGAGAUUCACCAGUGCUGGCUUGGACGCCACAUUGGAAGUCCCACGACUGUACCGGGCUCAUCUGAUCCUUGACCAAAAGGACUCAGCGGAGGAAAUUGUUUGGGAAUUUGAAGAAGCAACGGUGGCUUGCCUACGAGAGACAAAAUCGCGCAAGAAAUGUGACGAGAAUCCAGGCGUGGUGGGGGCGGAGGAUCAUCCAAUAUCAUGCAUACUUGCAAAAAGUCCGGGCCCUCUUGAACUCUAUCUGCGACGCCAAUAUCUUGCUCCCCUGGUGAUCAGAUACAGGCUUGUCAAUUUGUAUUUAAUUACCGGCAUGUUUGCACUGCUUGCCAGCCAAAGUUCUCCCUCGGACCUCUUGUAA